UAUUGUUUAGAUUGCAAUAAGCAAUUCAUUUAGAAUUUUAAAAAGUUGUCUGUUGAAUUCAUAGGGAUGUUGCACGCUGCCUUAUACUGAUUCAGAGUCUUGGUUUGUCAAGCCCAGUACUGUCAGCACUGACUGGAAGCAGCUCUGUGCCAUGUCAGGCAGACUCUUUCCUAGCCCUACCUGCAGAUGCCAGGGAGUGAACCCUGGACUUUCUGCAGGCAAAGCAGAUGCCCUGCCACUGAGCUACAGCCCCUCUCCAUGCUGAAUGUUGGAAUUCCAGGCUUUCAUCCACUGCAGCUGCAGGAGACCUCUGCUGCUGGAACAUGGACAGAAGUUGUGCUGAUCCAAGUCUAGCAGCAUCCAAGGGGCACUCAGCUCUGUACCACUCACCAUUUCAAUAUCCCAACACUUCCCUCUUGAUAUAAAAGUUGUUGGGAUAUUGUGGGAAAAGAUUGUGGGAGUGACCCUUUUGGGCUGUGCAAAAACAGGGAAGGCUGCCUUGCUCCACCCUCUUCUUGCCUCCUCCCUAAAGUAUUUGCUGCUUCUAUCUGUACCAUGCAGGGAGCAGGAGGGAGCAGUCACACAAGGGUGGAGCUGUACUGAAUGGCACAGCAGCUGAGAGGCCUGAAUAUUUAACCAAUUAUUCAGAAAGUAUAUAUCAUGCUGUGCUUUUAAGACAACAGUAUCCAUAGGCCAGUCUUCCCCAGCUUAGUGCUUUUCAGAUUCUAUUCCCUUGACGGAGUGAUGUUAUUCUACAGCAGAUGUAUAACUCUGUUCCUUAACCUACUCAUCUCCCCUGACUCAAACUGACGGACUGCAAAAUUAUGCAUCAGUUAGGUAAGAAUGCCCCUAGCAGAUAAAGAUGCUACUGAAAAACUUCAACAACAUCGAUACAUUUACAUUAAUUAAUAUUAAUACGUUUUAAAAACAAAAUAAGCUUGGGAUGGACACCUCCAGGCUUCCCAUAGUGUGCACACCAAGUUCCAUAUGUUUGUGCCAUGGUUGUGGCACUGUAGAGCUGGUUGGCUGACAGAAGAACAGACAAACAUUGUCUUUUAUUGGUACAAACAUCCAGACUUUCUUCACAUUGCUCACUCCAUGCAGUUUGUCACAAGUGCACAAUCACACUUGUCUGAUGUCCCUGAUGUGCACAGAUGUCAGUGACAGAAAGGAUUACAAGCUGCCUGUGUGGCAACCUUGAAAAUUAAUUUUGCAAAUUAAAUUAGAAGGCUAGCAGGGUGGAAUGUGAGGCAAAGCCUGUAGAACGAUAGAACCAAAGGGCUCCGCUCAUUCCUACAAGUCACACAGAGAAAGUAUGUGUUUGCAGUUUCCCCGCACUUUUUAAAUCCACCCUUAGCAGAAAGAAAAACCUAUAACAAAAUGGUAGGUUGGAUUUUUAUAAGAAGCUCAUUCUCAAAGUUCCAAAACAAAUAGUUAUUACCUAGAGCAGCGUUUACCUCAUGAGCUCCACCAAGCAACCAGGGAAUGUUGGCAUUUGAUGAAAGGUCAUGAGAUCUUGUUACAGGUGGUGUCAGUAACAGACUUAAUUCCAUUUAAAUUCAGUUGGAGGAAAGUAUCAUCUUAAAGAAACUGCUUAAAUGGAAACAAUGCUGUAAUAGGCAAGUCAUCCAAACCAUACAGGAGGCUGCUCAGGAAGACAUUCUUCCACAAUUCAAUAGCAAAAUUCAUAAUCAAGAGCACUGCAUGCAUAGGAGCUUCCCAAGCAAAUGUUCUUCCCAUGCAGAACAAGUGCAGUCAUUAGAAACUCAAAUUCAAAUCCACCUGGAACCCAGGGGUAGCGUUCAGCAAGUCAUUACUCUCUUCAGCUUAACCAUUCACCCAUUUACAGAUAUUUGGGCUAACAUGUCCCCUUUUGCACACUGAAAACUGUACAAUAUAACAAUGAUGAACUUCUAUGAGAGAGAAAUUCUGGUGCCUGUGAUUGGAAAGGCUUGCAUUUUCCAUCACUGCUGUUUUAUGGAAGAGUAAAGGACAUAGAUGUUCAAAGGGCCCACAGAGUUUUUAAGAGAGCUGCAUAUUCACUUCAUGCCAGAGAAGGAUUCUCCAAGUCCCAUGUACAUAGCAACAUCCAUAACUCCCUGUUGCCUGACUAUCUCCUGCAUGUCUCCAUUUCUGCACAGAAAGCAAUGCCGUAAUAGCAUGCAUUCACAUGUGUCUGAUAACAUGUGAAUGUGAAGACCUUUGCUAGUGAUAGGCAAAGCUCCAUGUGUGGCAAGAUAUAGAAGCAGAAUUUAUCUCUCCAAAGACAUGCCCUUGCCUGGCUAAGAAAAGGACCGUGGAAAUUAACUAUGUUAAGCAGUUUUAAUUUUCCUGAAUACAUAAAUGUCUUUUUAUAUGCAAAGGAAGUAAUUAGAAGUCUACAAAUAGAAAACAGUUUAUUUCCUCUCCACUUCAGUUUAAAACACUAGUGUUCUUGCAAGGGAAUAUGUAUCCCAGCAUACUCUGACUGGAUCUCUUUGGGACUUUUUGGUUUAUGACUCCCAGCAUUUUUAAUCAUUGGCUAUAUUGGCUGGGGCUGAAGAGGGCUAAAAUGCAAAAUGCUGGGGAAGGCUACUCUCACCUCCAAUUCACAAAGCAUGUUAUUCUUUACCAGCUUAUAGCUCUAGUGAAAGUCAAUAAGAUUAUCAGCUUCACAAGUACCCUUUGAAAUACAAAUACCAUGUUAGCAUUGCGAAAACCUUGUCAUCUGUUGAUCAGGGAUUUUCAGGCUUUGAAUGCCCUGCAAAUCUAAGUUAUACUAAUUCAGAAGAAGGAAUAGAUGUUAGGUUGCAAAAUUUCCAUUCAUCCUAAUACCCAUGCCUCCUUUACAGAUAUUAAGCUUUGCCAACCACCAAGCCAAUUCCCAUAUGGUUUCUAACAACUACUGAACUGCUUGUACUUUUAAGCAAUUUUCACUAUUAAGCAAAUUGGCUACUGAAUCUGGAAGAUGGCAUUUAUUGUGCAAUUAAGGCACUCAGUUUAUGAACCUCUAGCUCUACCAAACUGGAGUUAACUUUGAAACUGGAAUCUAGUUCAUUAUUUUAGUUCCACACUAAUACACUGUGAUUGAAUCCAUCUUGAUAUGCAGAGUGGUCCUGGAUGGACAAGGCAGCCAACACUCCUUAGGUUAUAGUAUCAACAUAGGUUAACUUUCCACUCAUUGAGUUCAGUUUAGAAUAUCUUCGUACUAUUUUCAAGACUCUGACAAGAUUUUUCACUUAAAUUUGAUAAGUAUGGUUCACCUAGCCUGGGAAGUCACUUGGGAAAAAGUUAAGCAACUGGGAUCAAUCAGUAACUUCUUCAUCAAAUCAGUAACAUCUCAUCAAAAGCUAGAUCAGCCUUUUUAAAACUGGUGUCCUUUAGAUGUUUUGAACUUCCAGCAUGGCCAGUGGUCAGAAAUCCUAGCAGCUUAAUCUAAAACAAAUUUAGGGCAUCAAUCUGUGGAAGAUUAAAGAUACCAAAAACCUUGGACAUUUGGAUGCAAUCUUAUAUUAACCAACCUGGGAGGAAGUUCAACUGAAUUGAAUGUUUAGGCAAGGACAGGAUUGCACCAUUAAUAAGUGUAUGGUUCAUUUAUGAUAAGCUUGUUGUUUAAGAAACUGGUCUACACUGGUCUAACUACACGAAGAGGCUGUGUGUUCUGGAGUCUUGGCAUAGGUACCUGCCCCUUGCCCCAACUGCAAAUGCUACCACUAGACUGGCAUUAAAUUCCAGUGAAUUCCUUUUCCCUUUGUGCUUUAUCCUAAUCCCCCCUUUCAACUACUACUGCAGCUUCCAUCCUCAGUUGUUGCUUUCAUUUUGCAUUCAUUCAUUUAAAAUGUUUUUAUUUGCUUUUUUUGUUUUAACCCAGGUUUAAGAGCAAAGCCUUCUGAUGGCAGCUCAAUAAAAUCCCAUGCAAUGACAAAACUGGUAAAAAGAAUACAAUCAGCACUGGGAAUGAGGAUAAACCUCUAGCUCAGAUUGUACUCCAGUCAAACAUACAACUGCAGUUAAAAACAGCACCAGGGAAACAGAUGGGACUUAUUCAGGGCUUUCCUAUAAACCUAUAAUGAAGGGGCCUCCCAGACAGCAACGCACCUCAGAGGCACUGAGGAAAAGCUCCUCCUCACUGUACUUGCCAAACUAACUGCCCUCAAAGGCAGGCAAGUGGGAAAUGCCUUUGUUGUUAAUCUAGAAGUAUAGGGAGGCUGACGAGGGUGAAAGCAGUCCUUCAAGUAACUUGAUAUCCAGCUUUUGAAGGCUUUAAAGGUUAAAACUAGCACUUUACAUUGGGUUUGGAAAUACACCGGUUAACAGAGCAGGUGGCAUGAUAUUAUUGUCACAAGAACCAUCUGUCUUGACUCCUUUGAAACUUCAGAAAACUGGAUGUGAAGACAGUUUGAAAACAGCCUUAAGUAGAGUGCCUUAAAGGUAUGCAGCCUGGAUGUCACCAGGGCAUGUUUCAGUUUAAUGCAGCUUUCUAUGUGCCUAAAUAAUAACAUAAACAGUAAAAAGCAUGCAAACAACAGAUAGGUACAAAUUAAACACCUGUCUGAGUAAUGAGAAACAUUUUCAACAUUUGGCUAAAUGUCAGCAGUGAUCAAGCUCUAAGUAACAUUUGGUAACUUUAUUUUGCACCAACAACUGUUUUCAAACUGACUGUAAAGGCACUCCCAUAUAGAGAUCAUUUUAAUAAGCCAGUCUCAUGCCAGGAAAUAACUAGGGCAUGAGUAACUGAGAUCAAGACUGUUUUCUUCAGGUAAUGUCACAGCAGAUAAACCUGAUAAACAAGGCAACAAACAUGGGCUUGGCAAUGGUACUGACAGCAAUAAAUGCUUGUGCACCAUGGAUAAACAAUGCAUAUUCCUUUUCUUACAUGCAUUUUUCCUACUACAAUGUUCCCCAAACAGAGUUUUGCUGAGUCUUUGUGCCACAAUACAGUGGCAGUACUGGGUGAGUGAUUGCCAUUUUAUCUACAGAAGGAGACAGCAGCACUUUAGUUGCUUCUCUGCAGCCCUGAUCCAGAGGAGCUAUACUGCAUGUCUGUUCCAAGUAUUUAAGUCACAUGGGCUUGGAAACCUUUUCCUAAACCAUGCCUAGCAUGUAAGCCAACAGCGUCUCCUUAAAAUAUAACUGCCACUGAACAGCAGCUGCAUUGAGGGGGAAAGGAACUACUAAAUUCUAGCUAAGGAAAGAGACCCCAUUUCCCGCCAAGAUGUCAGACAGAAGCCCCUUUGAAACAGACAUGUUAACUCUUAACCGAUAUGUCAUGGAGAAGGGACGACGGGUUAAAGGAGCUACAGGAGAGCUGACCCAGCUGUUGAAUUCGAUACUCACCGCCAUAAAGGCCAUCUCAACAGCGGUCCGAAAAGCAGGCCUUGCUCAUAUGUAUGGCAUAGCAGGCAGUGUGAACGUAACUGGUGAUGAACAGAAGAAGCUUGAUGUGUUAUCAAAUUCUCUAGUUAUCAACAUGCUACAGUCAUCCUAUAGCACCUGUGUUCUGGUGUCGGAGGAGAAUAAAGAAGCUAUUAUCACGCCAAAAGAAAAGAGGGGUAAAUAUGUGGUGUGUUUUGAUCCACUGGAUGGCUCUUCCAAUAUAGACUGUUUAGCUUCAAUAGGAACUAUAUUUGCUAUCUACAAGAAGGUAUCAGAAGAUGAGCCUUCUGAAAAGGAUGCACUGCAGCCUGGACGCAACAUUGUCGCAGCAGGCUAUGCUUUGUAUGGCAGUGCUACCCUGGUGGCUCUUUCUACUGGACAAGGAGUGGACUGCUUCAUGCUGGAUCCGGCUCUGGGUGAGUUCAUUUUGGUGGACAAGGAUGUGAAAAUCAAAAAGAAGGGGAAAAUCUAUAGCCUUAAUGAAGGCUAUGCCAAGUACUUUGAUCCUGCUGUGACAGAAUAUUUACAAAAGAAGAAAUUUCCUGAGGAAGGCACUUCUCCCUAUGGGGCUAGAUAUGUAGGCUCCAUGGUAGCUGAUGUUCACCGUACCCUGGUCUAUGGUGGGAUCUUCUUGUAUCCAUCCAACCAGAAGAGCCCAAAAGGAAAGCUCAGACUCCUGUAUGAGUGCAACCCCAUGGCUUUCAUCAUUGAACAGGCAGGAGGAGUAGCUACCACUGGGACAGAGGCUGUGCUGGAUGUGAAGCCAGAGUCCAUCCAUCAAAGAGUCCCUUUUAUUGUUGGUUCUCCAGAAGAUGUUCAAGAGUACCUUGCCUUCGUGCAAAAGCACCAGAAAAGCAGCUAAUAGCCCAUGGGUGUUUCCCAUCCACCCACUUUUUUCACUGUAAACUGGGAAAAGGAAAAGUGGCAAAAUGUCUACCCUCUUCACAAUAAUAAAAAAGUCUUCUAUUUUA